UGCAGCAAAAGGAUAACAUGAGGACUGCGGUCCUGUGGGGCCUGCUGGUCCUGCUGUGCCAGCACACACUGGUUAGCAGCCACGUCCUGGGUAGGACCUCUUCAACCAGUGACCUGGCUCAGCUCAAGUCCAUACUGGAGCGCUUUGAGGAGAAUCUGGCUGAUGCAGCCCAGGAGGAGGACUCUGAAGCUGAUUAUGAAGGGACAAAUCAACAGCCUGAGAGCAGCCAGGGUUGGAACCAGGAGGCCAACCAAGAACCUUUAAUAUCAGAAAGAUCUCAAUUACCAGCUGAGGCCCACAGCAGGGCCGCAAGUCAAAGGAGCCGUCUGCAGGACCUGCUGAUGACUGCCAGGAAACUGUCGUCUGGCUGCUUCGGAGCAAGGAUGGAUAGAAUAGGAAACGCCAGCGGUCUGGGAUGCAACAAUGGAAGAGGCUAGCGUCACAGUUUCCCGGAACACAUGGAGUAUAGUUUGAUCUCCAACUGAGGACACAACC